UCCAAAACCCGUGUCAAUACUGAGUUUUUUUUUUUUUUAGACAGAUUAAUCUGAUAUCUUGCAAACAUAGCUUUUAGUGUGUUCGAACGCGACGUUUAAAACGCGUGAAAAUGCAGAACGUCACAAGACUGGAUUGGUCUCUCCCAGCGAGACUCGUAAAGCAUAUAGGCGCGCGGAGGCUGUUCCUUCUCACUGAGGUUUGCCCCCCAUUACGUCCAUGACGCCUCCUGUAGUUACUUAACUUUGGGCGAAUUUCUAACUUGCAAUGUUUUGUAGAGAAGAAGGAACGGUUUUACUAAUAUUUACAGUCGGUAUCACGUUCUGCACUUUCCGCCCAUGUCGCGGUGCGGAUACAAAUGACUUGUCCGACGCGCCGGGAAAAGGCGCCGUCGGUGUGGAAGGUUGGCUCGCGGACACGAGCUCGCGCCUGGGAACGUUCUGGAAAUGGCGCCAGCUUGAGAAGACGCGGGAAAGUGCGGGCGCUGCGGAUCUCGCACGAGACUGGCUUGAGACGAGUAGCCGUGCGCGCCCACACACCGACACCUCGUCCAGAUACAACGCUGCACCGACUCCUGAGUACUUGAGCGAAGGGCUGAGGCGGGACAGGGACAAGAGAGGCACAGCUGGGGGUCCUCAACCACACAUUCCUCGUGAGUGGGAGGACAUGAGGCCGGUGGUGGAGUGUGGGAGCAACGUGAUGACGGUCACUGCAAGAGGGAGAGGAAACACACACCUCUUAAUAGCCAGGGAGAAUGGGCCUCCCAUUUCUUUCUUUGAGCUGCCUUCUAACUGUGGCUACUCUGUGAAGAUCACGUGGCAAGACCUUGUCUUGAAGGCUCCCUAUGAUGGAUGCCAUGUUCUGAAGGAGAAUGACAACUAUAUCUUGCCACUGCUUUGGUGGGGGACUCCGGUCAAGGUGGCCUGUCCUGUUAAGUCAGCCCUCCCACGCAGUCAUGUGUCUGUCAGUUGCUUGCCUUUAGGCAUGUCUCUGAAGAUUAAAGGACAGCAGGUUGAAGCAAACAAGCUUUGGAUAAAGUUGAACGGCAAAUGGGUGCCUUCCAUGUCUGCACAAUGUGUAUAUCGUAUAGAGGCUUCUCCAGGUGAGGUGGUCCUGUAUCUCCCUUACUCUCUCUGUGACCUGCCUCUUAAGGAUGGUGUGCAUACAGUCUCUGUACUUUGGAAUGGGAGUGAACAAAUCAUUUCCUGCACAGCCACCACAAAUACUCAGUUCCCUCAAUAUUUUGCGUUUAAUUACCAGCCACCUCAUCCCUCAACUCCUGCUCCCACAGCUCAUUCCACUCAGUCUUUGGAAUUUUCUUACUUUUACCCUAUGAGGCCUAUACCUGAUCCAGUGGCUAAGCAUCCCGGUUUGACUCCUCGGCAAACUUCCAGUCUUCCUGCUCCCCUUCCAUUGGGUGCUUACCCUGUAGAUAUACCUCACCUUCCUAGCAAACAUCACUACUUUCCCAUGAUGCAUAUGUUCUACCCACAUCUUUUGAUGAGUAUUCUUGCCUCCCCACACUAUCAUCAUAUGUUGCCUAUGUUCUAUCCAUACUUUCAUCCUCCUGCUGUUCCACCCUCUGCAUCAGCUGCUAGUCCUCCUGUUCCCACUACAGCUAAGCCUCUUGCAGUGCUGGGUUAUAUUCCACCUACCCCCACAACUGAGCCUUCUACUACCUUGGGCUACAGACCUUAUAUUCCCAAAGUCUGCCGACCUACAAGCCCCCAUGGCCUGCAUGGUGAUUAUGUCCAAUAUCCACAACAGGUCCCUGCAUCCUACCCUGACUGCACAGGUCAUUCUUUCCCUUCGCAAUCCUUGUCAACACCAAUUCCCAACAGGCCUCAGACAGAAGUCAUGCCCUCUCUUACAUGCUUGACUAACAUAAUGACUGUCAAGCUCCCUUCUGCCCACCCGGACUCCCUCAGAGUAAUGGGUCCAAAUAACAACUGGGUACCGAUUAGCACAGUCCCUCCAUCCUGUGCUUACAAAUUAAUAAGUGGCACAAGAGGAGUAAUCCUAUCUACCCCCCUCCCAGCUUGUCACACUCGUAACCUGCCAUCUGUACGCUCCUUCCUUCUGAUGUUCUGGGAUGCCAUCCUUGGACGAUAUCGGACUUUGGAGCUGCGGUGUCCCACCCCAUCGCCACUUAAUGUGCCAUCUGUGCCUACGCAUCCUCCUAUCCAGACCCCUAUUGAACCUUCCCCACUUAAACCUCCCCCAUUCUUAAGCCCUACAGUUUUCUGUUCUGCAAAUAAUAUGCGUGUAGAACUGCCCCCAGGACCCAUUUGGAGUAUAAGUAUAAAAGAUGUCAGUGGUGGUGCAGUUCGUGUAAAGGAUGCCCCCAAGCAAUGUGGGUAUAAUGUUAACAAGGGAAAGGGUGGUAUCAAUAUACUUGUUCUACCCUUCAACUCUUGUCACAUGACACUUCAGGGAAAUGAGUACAGAAUUCAUCUGAGGUUUCAGACUCAGGAUGGUCAGGAAGAAGAGUCAGUUUUAUCUUGCCCAGUCCACUCACUCAUCACAAAACAAGAGUGCAGCUUCCCCAUUGAGAAACGCAUUCCAUGUGGUCCUGAGUCUUGCUCUCGGAAAGAGUGCGAUUCCCUGGGCUGUUGCUUCUCUUCCAGCUCUGGAACCUGUUUCUAUCCCAUGGAUGAAUGCACAGUGGACCAUUUUGUCUUCUCUGUACCUGCAUCUAUCAUGGACCCUCCCCUGAAUCCUGCCUCACUGUUUGUGGCUAGUAACAACUCCUGCACUCCCCAGAAGGUUACCCCCAACUUUGCCUUGUUCAAGAUUCCUUUGGUAGGAUGUGGGGCCCACAGAUAUGAGAUUGGCCAGACAGUGGUCUACAUGCUUGAGAUCCUGAAUAUUGUCCGCUCAAUUACGCUAGGCUAUGGCACAAUCACCAGGGACUCUCCUUUAAGACUACUGGUAGAGUGCAGGUUUGUUCCUGGUUCUCGAGUCACUGUGGGCUACCUAGUGAAGACUCCAUCGUUGGGCCCAUCCAUUCAGGCUCAUGGGACAUUUGGUGUGCAACUAAGGAUUGCAACAGAUGAGCAUUACACAAGCUUUUACCCCCAGUAUCACCGUCCCCUUCGCUUGCUUCUGGGGAAGCCGCUGCACCUUGAGGUGCGACUACUGAAUCCCCCAGAUCCUAAUUUGGUUUUGCUGGUUCACUACUGCUUGGCUUAUCCCCGCUCAGCGCAGGCCACUUGGGUGCUCAUCUAUGAUGGAUGUCCAAACCGCCUGGAUUUGGCCCCAAAGCAACCCUUACCACCUCCUGCACCUGUCCCAAGCCAGACUAAGAGGUUUACAAUUACUACGUUCCAGUUUCUUGCUCCUGAUGGCCAUACUCAGUUAGAUGAAGAGAUCUACUUCAUGUGUUCUACUGAAGUUUGCUCACCUUCUGAAGGCCCCUGUGUGGAAGGCUGCUUUACUGGUGGGGAACAAUCCUUGGCUUCAAUUAAGUCUUAAAUGGUCAACUGCGUGGCCCUGACGGGCUCAACAUGUUUUCUACAAAUGUGGUGGAAAUCAGUCUUGCUCAUUCCCUUCCUACUUACUGUUCAACCCUUUUUAAUUUUAUUGGUCUUAACAGAACGUGAUGGGUGUCGAUGCAGAACCUACUUCACUGUCAGGCACAUUCAGAAAUUCCACUUACUAAUCCAACUGGACAGUGAUAUGGAUGACAGUUGAAGUUGCAAGAAACAAAGCUUGACUUUUUUUUGUAGAAAUGGUUGAUUUUGAGUGGUAGCUUCAUGUCAGCCUGAACUAAAUGUUGAUAACUGACAGUUACUGUGUCCUACUUUUCUUCUGUGUCUGAGCAGUUUGAUGAAAUGUUACCCAUUUGCCUGCCUUACUUUUCCCAUACCCUGCAGAGGGCAGUAAACUUUAUCCCCCAUCUGCAAACACUUUUAAAUUCUUUGAGGCAGGUCUGGGAUUAGCAGCAAGCAGGCUUCCUCAUUCAGACUGGUAUUCAAUCUGAGCUGCUAAACACUCAUUACGUUUUGGAGUGAAACAAAGAUAAACAUGAAGUGGUUAAUCAUUUAAGGAUAAACCAUUGCAAUCAUACAAGCUUUGAAUACCAGCUGGUCUCGAGUGGUUGAGACUGCAGUGUGGACUUAAGGCACAUCAACUUCUAUUUUUAACCCCUCAGUGAGUGGCUGGGGAGCUAAUGGCAGGUUUUGAAGACCUACCCGAAUGGGAUGGUUUUUAUAGCUCAUAAUUGAACCAAAUUAUCUCCAUGACUGUUCAGCCAAGGUCAGUAGUGCACCAACAGCACAGACAUGUAACCUGCUACCAUAACACUUUCAGCCAUAUAAAUGGAUUAAAGGGUUAUAAAUCAUGUGACUUUGUUUGUUAAAAUGUUAUACCACUUUUAAUCAUGUUAAUACAUGGGCAUCAUAGACUUAAAGUAGAUGGUGUUCCUUGUGUAAUGAAGCAUGUUCCUGUAGCUAUUAAACUUGAAGCCAGAAUGCACUUCAUUUUUUGGCAUUU